AUGGUCGAACAGAUAAAAAUGUCACCAAUAACACAGAAAAUAUUCGAAAGUCCGAAAGUCAUUCUAUACGGAGCGUUAGGGGUGGCAUUUGUAUUCUGGCUUCUAUUCCAAGCUAUCCAAUAUCUCAAGCGCCCAAGUUACAAGAGUCGACCAUCAACACCUACACUUGAGAAAGCUUCUCGGAGUUUCAAGGCUCCUGAUAGGAAACCUGGAGUAUGGGAACCCAUGGAUUUCAAAAGACCAACUGCUCCUCCUGCGACAAAUUGGAAUGUUUACACCACGAAACCAAAUCCAUAUCGCCCUUUCAGACAUGGACCUUACCACAUCACAAUGGGUCUCCGAAACAUGAACUGGGAUGAGUGGAUUGAACUUGACAACCACUAUCUGAAAUUCCACUCUGACAAGGCCAAACGUAUCGAGGACCGUGGGUCCAAAUGCAGCUACACCGACCCCCAAGCAUUCGACGGCGCCAUCGAGCUCCUCGAAGAAUUCUGCGCCUACCUCCCAGAGCGCUACCCAUCCCUCUACAGACAGACACCCGUCGGAAUGGACAACCUCAUCACAGGAGAAUCAUUCAACAUCAUCGAGCGACCACUCCUCGAAGACCCGAUGCAGAUGGCCGCUCGCAUGACGCAGGACGAUCUAGCAAUCAUGUUCGAGAAGGACGAUGGGCAGUACUAUCUCCUCGCGGGAUCGAUCUUGCUAGCUGGAUUUUGGAAGCUGGAGGAUAAGUUUGGGAUGCCGUUGAGUGAGAUCCAUACGUCGGGGAAUGUGCCGGGGUUUAAGACGAAGUUGGAGAAGGGGAUGAUGAAUUUCUUUAGGAGGGUGCAGCCGAGUGGGCCGGUGCAGAGGAAUAACUAUUUCAUCCAAGUCGACGACUCCCUCCCCUGGUCCUCUAGCAUAGGCGACGAAGACGGCGCCGAGGGAACGGUCGGCUGGUUCACCGCCGAGAAGAACAAAGCUAUCUCACACCACUACUUCCGCUCAGAGCGGCAGACUUUGCGUCGACUCCCUCGCAGCGGUGGUGUAGUGUUUACGAUCCGCACGUACUUUCAUCCGAUUACGGAGAUCUGCGAGGAGCCGUAUGUGCCGGGGAGGUUGGCGAGUGCGGUGAGGAGCUGGGGAGAUGAUGUGAGCCGGUAUAAGGGGAAGGAGAGGUAUGAGGAGGUGUUGUUGGAGUAUUUGGAUAGGAAGCAUAGGGAGCAGGUUGAGGCGGGGUUGGAUUUGGAGAAGGAGGAGGAGGUUAGUGCGUAUCCGUAUUAG